CGUUCAUUUUGAACGAAUCACUCGCGAACGACACAUCACUAGUAGGCUGUGUUUGUGGCUCUAUAGCUGCUUCUCUCCCAGGUCUCGGUUCUAGUGACGGGCUCUAUGGCUCCGUGUUGGACCGUCUCGAGCCUCUGGUCUUUGCCGGUGCUCCUUCUGCUGCUGGCGGGGCUGAAGGCCCCGGUCAGUGCCGUGUCGGAAUCUGGGAAAUGGACGCUAAACCUGGACAGUGAAAUAUUAAAGAGACAGAACUACUUCUACUUCACAAAAACUCUCUUCAACAACACCUUCAUCCAGGUCAAACUCUUGUCAGAGACCUGUAACUCCUCAGCUCCCAUCAGCCUGAACAUCUCCUGGUAUUUGAGGAACUCCCACUGCUACGAUGAGGUCUUCAGUCUGGACGCGACCAGGGCAGCAAAUUACUUCAGGUCGACUGAGGUAAUGUCAGGAGGAGGGAGUGGGUUCUACGUCUACCACCAGUAUCCUGUUCUGUCCUGUCAGCCACACAUUAAACCUGACAUGUUCAGCCUCGAGACAUUUGAUGAGAAAACACAACUGACGGAGCUGACACAGCAACAGCCCGUCACAGUCAAGGAGGUCUCUGCUGGUGUAGCUGGUGAUGGUGUGAGAAGAAGAAGGGAGGUGCAGCCUCCACAGCCAAAGGAUGCAGCUGCAGCACAGACAGGAAAGGUUGAGGCAGCACCUCAUUUUGCUGCGGUGGCUAAAAGUUGGGAGGACGGACCGUAUAUGUUCAUCCUAUAUGUCAGAGAGGUCAAAGAGAAAAGCCAGACCACGACUGACACUGCCAACAGUGCCGCACCCUGGAGUAUACACAUGCAAAUUAGCAUGAGAGGUUCCCAUGACUACAUAUCUGCGUCUGAGUGGCCCCUGAUGGUGUUCUACAUGGUGAUGUGCAUCAUCUACGUGUUACUGGCUGUUCUGUGGCUGGUUCUGUCGGCCCGGUACUGGAGGGACCUGCUCAGGAUCCAGUUUUGGAUUGGUGGAGUUAUCUUCCUGGGAAUGUUGGAGAAAGCUGUCUACUAUGCAGAAUUCCAGAGCAUCAGAUAUGAUGGGCUGUCAGUUCAUGGUGCAGUGGUGUUUGCUGAAGUUCUCUCUGCCGUCAAGAGGACACUCGCCCGGGUCCUGGUGAUCAUCGCUAGUCUGGGAUACGGUAUCGUCAAGCCAAGACUCGGCGCUCUACUUCACCGAGUGGUUGGAGUUGGUAUGCUCUACCUGAUGUUCUCUGUCAUCGAGGGCACUCUGCGUGUCAACACUGAUCGAGGAGACAACACCCACACCAGAGUGUUGUGUGACAUCGUGUUGGCCUUCACCGACUCCUGUAUUGUCUGGUGGAUCUUUGUGAGUCUGGCUCAGACCAUGAAGCUGCUGAAGCUGAGGAGGAACGUGGUGAAGCUGUCGCUCUACAGACACUUCACCAACACACUCAUAUUUGCAGUCAUUGCUUCAGUCAUCUUCAUCAUCUGGACCACAAAGGUUUUUCAGAUGUCCAAAUGUCUGUCGGACUGGAGGGAGCUCUGGAUUGAUGAUGCCUUCUGGCGUUUCCUGUUCUCCAUGGUCUUGUUGGUCAUCAUGUUCCUGUGGCGGCCAUCAGCUAAUAACCAGAGAUAUGCCUUCACUCCUCUGGUGGAUGAGGACAGUGAGGAAGAGGAGGAGAAGGAGCCGAUGAUGAACGAGGCCUUUGAGGGAAUGAAGAUGAGGGGGAAAAAUGAGUAUAAUGGAUCUGCCAAAGCCAACAAAGUGGAUGAGGAUCUGAAGUGGGUGGAGGAGAACAUCCCAUCAUCCAUGGCUGACGUAGCACUGCCCCCCCUGCUGGACUCUGAUGAGGAGACCAUGACCACAAAGUUUGAGAUGUCCAAGAUGGAAUGAGUCUACGGUGGACUCAGAGGAGGAGCGGCAGUGAGACAGAUGAAGGGUCGGACGGAGGAUGCGGGUUGAAGUCACAUUGACGGGGUUGACAGUUGAUGCUUUAAUCCAUGAAGGUUGGAGCUGUGACGUCCAUGGUUGUAGAAACACUGGGAGGAGACCUGGACCAGAGACACACGGAUGCCUUUUAUGUUUUCUUUUUAUUGUUUGUUUAUAUUUAUGUCUCACUCUCUUUACAAAUAUACUGAAAGUAUAUGUGUGUGUGUGUGUGUGUGUGUGUAGAGCAGAUGGUUGAACACACGUCUUGAUGUAGACCAGGGGAUUUUUUGCUUCACUUCACUCUUUCAUAUAAAACAUUGAUUUUAUUUUUGCGUGGAGAGAGUUUCCUUCAGACCUUCAGAGCAGGAGGACUCAAGUCAGGAAGAAGACGAAAAAUCCUGGAGAAGAAUGUUUGUCUUUCAUCAAAGUGUUGAUUGUGUAUAAAAAUGUCUCCGUUUCAGACAUUAAACUGUUCACAGUCAGAAACAUUGAUGAAAACUUUAGCACGCUGGUGUCGGGUCAAUGAUUUAUGUGAAGUUGUUUCUGACAUGGUUUACUGAAGUGGUGGACAAACAAUGGUGGUGGACAUUAAGGACAGACGAGACAGUGGUGGUCUGUGUGGACAUUAAAGACAUCUCCCUGGUUCAAACAUUUCUGUUCACUGCUCAAUGCUGCCCCCAAGAUUUCCUGUGGUACUGCUCUGUGGAGUUGGUGUUCACACCAAAAUCAAACAAACGUUUUUAAAAAAAUGUCAAACAAUUUAGGGCUGGAUUUUGUUUUUAAUUAAAUGUUUAGCUUCAGACUCUGUUUCAUCUGAUCCAAGCUGCUGUCUUCAGCUUUGAAAGGUUAAAGGUCACAACACAGAGGUCCAAACACUGACCCGUGGACCGUCUGGUGUCAGGAAAUUCUCCUCAGGUCCUGAUUUCAAGAGAACAACAGCUUCAGAAAAGCUACCGUUGUGUAACUGCAGUUGUGAAGUAAUUCUAAAGUCCAAAGUGUUAUUGUUGUAAAUCAGGUUGGGAUUAUUUCUUGAGAUUGAAAAUAAUCUCCAUAAACAAAAGGUUUUGUA